AUGUUACAAGAUAAUAAGAUAAAUAAUAUGAAUAUUAUAAAGAAGCAUUACUUGAAUGAUGAAUGUUUUGCAAAUGAAGAAUUGUCAUGGGUGAAGGAAACACCAAGGGAAGUGAGAAUGAAAUACAAAACAAAAAAAGAUCGUUCGCAAACUAUCUCAAUACUGGCGAGAGAUUGGAACAGGAACAGAGGAAAAUAUGCAUUCCUUAAGACCGUGAUCAUGUCAGAAAGACCACCAGAAAUAAAUCAUACCGUGAACAUAACCAUGAACAGAUUAGAAUAUUUUUACAUGUGUGUAUCUAUUCCUUUAAAUGUCAGCGAUAAUCAAGAUAGUAUCAAAGGAAAAGUGAUAUCGCUUGAUCCAGGUGUACAUACCUUUAUGACUGGUUAUGAUCCUAAUGGUUGA